UUGUGAGCAUUGCUUUGGAAUGCGGGUGUGGAGGGUCCGGGAAGCAAACCAGGCGACUGGAGAUCUGGAACAACAUUAAUAAAGUAACAGCAGUCCACACUACCAAUGCAAAAAAUGCUUCCUACAAUUUUUCUAUUGUGAUCUCUAUCAAAGAGCCACCAAAAAAAGAAGAAAAUAAAAAGUAAAAACCCAUAAUAUAAUCCAUAUUCUCAGUGGUGAUCUUGAAACUUUUUCUCGGAUUCGGAAAACCUCUCCAAAAUCAUGAUGUUUCGAGACCAAGUGGGAAUGCUUUCUGGAUGGUUUAAAGGCUGGAACGAGUGUGAGCAGACUGUUGCUCUUCUAUCUCUCCUCAAAAGGGUAAGCAGGACCCAAGCCAGAUUCCUACAGAUCUGCCUGGAGCAUUCUCUGGUUGAUUGUACAGAACUGCACAUCCUUGAAGGAGAAGCCAACAAUCCUGCAAUCAUUAACCAGUGGCAGCAAGAAUCCAAGGACAAAGUGAUAUCUCAGUUGUUAACUCACCUGCCUUUACUGAAGCCUGGAAACAUUGAUGCAAAAAUGGCAUACAUGAAACUACUGCCUAAAAUCCUGGCUCAUUCCAUUGAACAUAACCAGCAUAUAGAGGAAAGCCGUCAGCUUCUGUCCUACGCAUUAAUACACCCAGCCACCUCAUUGGAUGAUAGGAGUGCCCUGGCAAUGUGGUUGAACCACCUGGAGGAUCGAACAUCAGGAAACUUUAGCACCCAGAGUCGCUGCCGCUCUGAUUCUUUGGACUAUGGGCAGAUGCAGUAUUACCACCAAAGACAGAACUCCGAUGACAAACAGAACGGCUGGCCAAAUUCUCGAGAUUCAGGGAUAUGCAUCAGUUCUUCUGGUUGGCAAGAGAAAAACACAGGCUGUGAGAAUGGGCAUUUGCCUCUGUACUCUUCUUCCUCUGUCCCUUCCACCAUCAAUGCUGUUGGAACAAGCACAAUUCUCUCAGGCCAGACACAUCACAGCUCCUUGAAAAGAUCUGUAUCCCUUACUCCACCCAUGAAUGUGCCAAACCAGCCUUUAGGACAUGGAUGGAUGUCUCAUGAGGAUUUACGAGCCAGAGGAUCUCAGGGCAUCCCCUCCGAUCAUGCCCCCCUGUCACCACAAAGCAGCGUAGCUUCUUCAGGAAGCGGUGGGAGCGAGCACUUAGAAGAACAGUCGACUGCUUGCAACACAUUCCAAGACGAAGGUAGUGGUAUGAAAGAUGUUCCUGCCUGGCUUAAAAGUCUUCGUCUACACAAGUAUGCAGCACUCUUCUCCCAUAUCACCUAUGAUGAAAUGAUGUCGUUGAAUGAAUGUCACCUGGAGGCACAAAAUGUCACCAAAGGUGCAAGGCACAAAAUAGUCAUCAGUAUACAGAAGCUGAAAGAGAGACAUAAUCUAUUAAAAACUUUAGAACGGGACGUACUAGAAGGAGGCAAUUUACGUGUUCCUCUGCAGGAGUUGCAUCAGAUAAUCCUUACCCCAAUUAAAGCCUGCUUUCCACAAAACUCCAAUACAGAGGAACAUGAUCAGGAGGCAGAUUCUCAGCCACCUCUACUGGCUUCUAAAAACCAAGCAACUGAAAGUAAGGACUCUGCUUCAGGAGGAAUCCAGCAGCAUCAUAUUGGCAAUUGUGAGAGUGAAAGUGGAGGUGUUCCCUUACCUGAAAGUGAUCUUCCAGGCCAGUUUACGAGAGUUAUGGGUAAAGUCUGUACACAGCUUUUGGUUUCCAGACCCGAUGAAGAAAAUAUCAGUUCUUACUUGCAGUUAAUCGACAAAUGCCUCACCCAUGAUGCAUUUACGGAGACACAGAAGAAGAGAUUGUUGUCAUGGAAACAACAAGUGCAGAAGCUCUUUAGGUCUUUUCCUCGGAAGUCCCUUUUGGAUGUCGCUGGAUACCGGCAGCAGAGAAAGACUAGUGUUGAUGUGCUCAUUGGCAGCCGAGGCUUUGGACAGUCCAACUCCUUACCAACAGCUGGAUCUGUAGGUUCAGGAAUAGCAAGAAGAAAUCCCAGGCAAUUCCAGAUCCCUUCUCGAAAUCUCCCUAGCACUCGGCUAAGCCUGCUUGGCGCAAGCAGUCUUCUAGGAGCAACACAGAGGGCUUCUGCCAGCAAUCCUGCCAUGUUAAAGCAAGGACGACAGAAUCUGUGGUUUGCAAACCCGGGAGGGAGUAACAGCAUGCCAAGCCGAUCACACAGCUCUGUACAGAGGACUCGUUCUCUGCCUGUCCAUACCUCUCCACAAACAAUGCUGAUGUUUCAACAGCAAGAUUUCCAGGUACCAGUGACAGAGCCAGAUAUCAAUAAUAGGCUGGAAUCCUUGUGUCUGAGUAUGACAGAACAUGCCUUGGGUGAUGGGGUUGACAGGACUUCAACAAUCUAGAAGCUGAAGGUCCCUUGUGAAAGCGCUGGGCGUGACACAGAGAACUGCAGGUGCAGUGUCAGGAAUCAUCACCCCACUCCCGGAUACGCCAAACACACAAUUUGCCUUUUUAUUUGUUUAUUUUAGAAGGAGAUUUAAAAAAAAAUAGUUGAAAUAUUGUGAAAGCAUAAGCUGUGCUUGCAAAUGGAUCACAAAAAAUGAAUAUUUGUUAUUUUAUAUAUAAAAAUUCAAACAAA